AUGAAUGAGCCCGAAGGACUGCGGUUAAGGAGGUUGAACAGACCUCAAGUAAUUAGAGAUGAAGCCCAUGAACCCCAGUACAAAAGCACAAGCACUUACAGUGGGAAGUUGUUUCGUGUGACAUUCCUGACACUAGUGUCUCUCGUGCUCUUCCCACUGCUCGUGCUCGUGUUCCUGCUGGAGUCUCCCAUUCAUCCAGAGGUGUUCAGUCUGAAUGAACCCCCUCUGAUGACUGGCUGUUACGAGCCCAACCUAAAACUCAGACAGGCCGAGCGACUGUUUGAGGACCUGCUCAUCGGCCCAGAAUCCCUUGCUAACAUUGGAGAUGUUUUCUACACUGGGACGGCGGAUGGAAAGAUCCUCAAAAUCGAGGGAAGGAACAUUCAUGUGUUAGCAACACUUGGCAAGCCACCGUGUGGCUCUCAGGAGCAUGAACACACCUGUGGACGUCCUCUGGGAAUCCGGGUGGGGCCUAAUGGCACCUUGCUCGUAGCGGAUGCCUAUUUGGGACUGUUUGAGGUCAAUCCUGUCACCGGUGAGGUGAAGUCUCUGGUGAGCACAGGGAAGAUGAUCGGGGGUCGGCGUCUGGGUUUCCUCAAUGAUCUGGACGUGACUCGGGAUGGGAAGAAGGUGUACUUCACGGACUCCAGCAGCAGAUGGCAGCGCAGGGACUUCAUGCACCUGAUCAUGGAAGCCACGGCAGAUGGACGUCUGCUGGAGUAUGAUACCGAGAGCAGGGAAGUGACCGUGAUGAUGGAGAACCUGAGGUUUCCAAACGGCAUCCAGCUCUUCCCUGAUGAGGAGUCUGUUCUCGUGGCUGAAACCACCAUGGCCAGAAUAAGGAGGAUUCAUGUUUCGGGUCUCAUUAAAGGAGGGAUGGAUACAUUUAUAGACAACCUCCCGGGAUUUCCUGACAACAUCCGGCGCAGUUCUUCCGGUGGAUACUGGGUCUCCAUGUCCGCUGUGAGACCCAACCCUGGCUUCUCCAUGCUGGACUUCCUGUCCCAAAGACCCUGGUUAAAGAAGCUCAUAUUUAAGCUGUUCAGUCAGGACACUCUGCUGAAGUUCGUGCCGCGCUACAGUCUGGUGGUGGAGCUGCAGGACGGAGGGUCAUGCGUGCGCAGCCUCCACGACCCACACGGCUUGGUGGCGGCGUACAUCAGCGAGGCGCACGAGUACAACGGCCAGCUGUACCUGGGCUCCUUCCGCUCGCCGUAUCUGUGCAAGCUGGAUCUGAGCAAAGUGUGACACAUCACCAGCCAUUUCACCACACAAACAGAUUCUGAAGCUAACAUCAACAAGACUUACUAACCACACAGUCCCUUCGUCUGAUCACCGUUCUCUUCAUUUAGCUCUGAUAGAUGCCUGUGCUUUUGUUCCAUUAACCCGUGUGGGUGACUUUCUUUCUUUUUUUAGAGACGUGCAGUGUGUAAUAAGCUCUCUGACAGGCUGUUUUUUUUUUUUAUCUUAAGAAGUGCCAUUACUAUUUUAGUUUUUCCCCCUUGUGACAUAUUUUCUGCAGUUUCUGUACAUGCAUUAUUUGCACCGACUGUCUUCUGGUCCUUAAAAUAGAGCUGCUAACAGUUUGUGAUACAAGGCACUGUGAUAUAAAACGAGAUGACUGGUAAAAACAUUAAUAAUUUCCGUGGGUGGCAUCAUCGAGAUGCUGUUUAGUGGAAGUGAAAGGGUAUUUUGAUGUCAUUAUUAAAUGAAUCUGCUGAAACACACUACUAUAAUCAUCUCCGGUUCUAGAAAUGCUCCGGCGUUUGAAUGUUUUGGUUCGUUUUUAAUUGAGUGGUUGAAAUCACCAUUUGUAUAUGUUGCUGAAACGAGAUCUGCGUCACUCUCGGCUGGUUUCGUAGUAUUUAGCACACCUUUACACAAGUAUCUGCGUGUUUAAAGUUCAUAUUUACGUCUUUAAGAAUUAUCAGCAAUAAUAUACGUUAACCGUGGUUCUCAACUGGUGAGGUGUGACCCACGUGAUUGGACAACAG